AUGCACUUGUGGAGGGAAAUGUAUUUUCUACCAGUUUGUGGGAUUUUUCUGCUGCUUAUGCAACCUGGAGCUGCUUCAGGCCCAGAGGGGAGUGCAGAUCUUAUUUUCAGCAAAGAAGAAGAUUAUGUGUGUCCAGAGGGGAAGUACUUCACUCGGCAGCUUUGUCUAGACUGCCCAUCAGGUCAUUUUUGCCCUGGAAAUGUGUCUGCACCUAAUCGAUGCCCAGCAGGAACAUUCAACCUCUACACAGGAAAAAGCAGCAUGAAUGACUGUAAGCCCUGUUUCUCAGGCCUGAUCAGUUCAGAGGACAGAGUGGAUUGUCGGCUGUGUCCUGCAGGCUUUUCAUGUGACCUGGCCAAUGGAACACUAUACUUAUGCCCAGCAGGACAACAUUCACCUGAAGGGGUCCUGCAGUGUCUGACCUGCCCUUUUGAUUCUGUAUGCACCUUUGGGCUCCCUUAUAAGUGUGGACCUGGAAAGGAGCCCAACAUGAAUCACUCUGAAUGUAUUGAGUGUUUCCCAGGUUUUUACUCCUCUGUCUGUCCUGUUCGGUGUCAGCAAUGUCCAGCAGGAAGUUACUGUCCAGACAGUGGGAUGUCACAGCCACUCCUUUGUCCUCCUGGUUGGUCCUCCACACCUGGACAGACUUCCUGCCGUAGAUGUAAUGAUACAUCUUUGCUGUGCAGGGGAGCUCUGGCACCUAGCUGGACCCAAUCUGUCCUCAGAUCUGGUCAAACCAACACCUGUAGACCAGGGACAUACAAACCGGAGAAGGAAGAUGGAACAUGUGUUACCUGUUCAAGGGGUCAUUACUGUGUGGGAGGUGUGGCUAUACCCUGUCCUGCAGGGACCUAUGGUCCUAAAGAAGGUCUGCAGAGACUGAAAGACUGUUUAAUCUGCCCUGCUGGGUUUUACUGUCUGGAAGGUAGCUCACAGAGACCCACCUCCCUGUUCAUGUGCCCACGGGGCUAUUACUGUGAAGAGGGCACCGCCACCCCUCAUGGGUCACCUUGUCCUGCUGGUACAUCAGGAGAACAACUGGGUCAGACAAGUAGGGCGGCAUGCAAAAGAUGCAAAGAGGGACGCUUCUGUCCUGCAGGCUCUUCAGGUCCGGGUUUGCCCUGCGCUAGAGGAAGGUUCUGCCCAGCUGGUACAUUAGAGGAAGUGACUUGUCCAUCAGGCACCUUCACUCCUCAUCAAGGAGCAAUAAGUGUGAAGGAUUGUCUUAAGUGUCCAGCUGGUUUCUACUGUCCGGAAGGGACAAGUGACCAGGUGCCCUGUCCGCCAGGGUCCUUCAACCCCUUAGAGGGGCAGGAUGAGGUGGCUGAUUGCAGGGAAUGCUACGCUGGAAAAGCCUGCACACAGAUAGCCUUACGGGCUCCUGAUGUAGACUGCAUACCUGGGUUUGUGUGCCCUCCUGGUUCAUCGAAGCCUAAUGCACCUGCCAAUGCCUGCCCACCGGGAACAUUUAGCAAUCGCAUCAAUUUGACAGACCAAUCACAAUGUCAGCUGUGUCCGGCUCGAUGCGCCUGUCUAAGAGGAACAGGCGGCAUCCAAAGACCACCUCUUCUUUGUUUUGCUGGCCACUAUUGUCCCCCUGGGACAAUGUUUCCUACGCAGUACAAGUGUCCUGUAGGGACAUGGAGCAGUCAGAGUGGACUGGAGGCUGAAACAGAGUGCCAGCCCUGCCCUCGAGGUUGGUACUGCUUGGCAGGGUCUGCAGCUCCAUCAGGCCGAUGUAACUCUGGACACUACUGUCCUGAAGGGACAGCAUAUGGCUUCCAGUAUCCUUGUCCCCCAGGCACCUACAGUAUUCAAAUGGGCAACAGAUACAUAGAGGACUGCUUGAUUUGUCCCGAAGGCUCCUUCUGUCAAAUGGGAACCUCCAAACCGUCCCCUUGCCCUCCCUCUUCAUUCCGCCGCCUGAAAGGAGGUCGAAGGCUGGAAGACUGCCCUCCUUGCCCUGCUGGCUAUUUUUGUCCCCACUCAGCCACUAUCUACCCCAGAGUCUGUGGAGCUGGCAGCUACUCUGAUGAAGGCUCUGUGGAGUGCUCUCCAUGCCUACAGGGUCACUACUGCAGUAAUGAGACCACAAGCGAGGAGGCCAUGCUGAGUGUCAUGGUUUGCCCACCUGGUUUCCUUUGCUCACAGGGUUUGGCCAGAGACCCUCAGAGAUCAGCCACGCUUUGUCCUCGAGGUUUCUACUGCCCUGGUGGAGGCAUUGACCCUAACCCCAUCCCGUGCCCUAAUGGGACAUACAGUGCGUCUCCUGGUCUGCGUGAUGUAUCCCAGUGUGUUCAGUGUCCCGAGGGGAAGUAUUGUUACACCCAGGUGCCUCAGGAGCAGCCCAUCACCAAGCCUACAGAGCCAUGUCCCGAUGGCCACUAUUGUCCGCCAGGGACCGGUCAUCCUCACACCUACCCCUGUCAGGUCGGCAGGUUCAGGAACAACACAUUUGGUCACACUGGAGAGGCCUGCUUUUUGUGUCCAUCUGGACAUUUCUGCAACAAAAUAGGCACUGAUUUGCCUAUACCUUGUCCUCAGGGGUUUUACUGUCCAGAUGGCUCUUCUACUCCCAGGCCUUGCCCUGAGGGAACCUACAGCUCACAUUUUGCUCUCAGUGAUGUCUUAGAGUGCACCCCAUGUGGUGGUGGCCAGUAUUGUACUAGUUUUGGACUAACAGAGCCUUCUGGAAGCUGCAAGGAGCGUUUCUACUGCAGAGUGGGAGCCAAGUCCGCAACUCCAGUUGAUGGACCAACAGGAGGUUUAUGUCCCCCCGGAGGUUACUGUCCUCAGGCUUCAACCUCUCCCCUCCCCUGUCCGUCUGGCACUUUCUGCAACAGUAGUGGCCUCAGAAGCCCUGAAGAAUGUAUUAGCUGUCCACCUGGGUUUUAUUGUUUAGGUUCCAACAAUACCUCACCCUCAGGACCUUGUUUUCCUGGUUUCUACUGUACUGGGGGAUCUUCUUCACCACUACAGAAUGAAGUAAAAGAAGGUUUUUAUUCCUUGGAGGGAGCAGUGAAGCCAGAGCCGUGUCCUCUAGGCACUUUUCAGCCGAGCCGAGCUGCAAGUUCUUGUGUGGCGUGUCAGGAAGGAAGGCUGUGCAAUCAAACAGGUCUAUCCCAACCAUCAGUCUGCCCCGCAGGACACUACUGCCCUCCUGGUUCCUCAACUCCCCGGCCAUGCCCUUCAGGCACCUACUCUGACCAGCUAAGUGGUGGAGAUGUGAAGCAUUGUCGACCAUGUGAGGCAGGUUUGUUCUGUAGCAGAGCUGGCCUCUCCAAACCACAAGGUCUCUGUGACCCAGGUCACUACUGCACUUCUGGAGCCACCACAAGUUCCCCAAUAGCUGUAGCCACUGGUGACGUGUGUCCUGCCGGCUACUUCUGUCCACGGGGAACCAAGUAUCCACAGCAGCACCCCUGUCCUAUAGGGACCUGGAGAAUCUCAGUCGGAGGCCAGAACCUGUCCUCCUGUUGGCCCUGCCCACCUGCAUUCUACUGCAACAGCACUGGGCUCAGUCAGCCGUCUGGAAUAUGUGACCCUGGUUAUUUCUGCUCAGGAGGAGCAAAGUUUUCAAAGCCUUUUGAUGGGUUGACAGGGGACAUAUGUCCGACUGGACACUAUUGUCCCUUAGCUUCAGCUUUUCCAAUCCCAUGCCCUGAUGGGACAUACUCAAACAGUUCAGCAGCAGAGGUGUGCGUAGAAUGUCCAUCUGGGACAUACUGUCUGUCUGGAGAGGAUGUCCAGCUCUGUCCAGCAGGUCACUAUUGUCUUGGUGGGGGAGUGGAAGGCAUCUUGCCCUGCCCUCCUGGUACCUACAGCCCUCAGCUUGGUCUUCGUCAAGUGGAACAGUGCCUCAUUUGUCCAGCAGGUUCCUACUGUGAUGAUUGGGGGCUGUUUGAACCUACUGGACUCUGUCAGCCUGGAUACUACUGCUUAGCAGGUCUAGACUCAGAGAACCCAGACGGCAACUUCAGCACCGGUAUCGGAGGAGCAUGUCCGCAAGGCAGCUACUGUCCUGAAGGCACCAGUGUCCCUCUGUCCUGUCCACCCGGGACUUACUCUGACAGGCUUUACUUGAGAGAAGCCUCUGGCUGCAGUCUGUGUCCAGGAGGUCAAUACUGUGGCACUGCAGGACUAACUACUCCAUCUGGUCUGUGUCAGGCAGGGUCCUAUUGUCCAGGUGGAGACACAACUAGCACAGGGUCUGAAGGAGGACUUUGCCCAACUAGUCAUUAUUGCCCCUCUGGAAGCUUCAGCCCAGUGGCCUGCCCAGCUGGAACCUACAACAACCUCACAGGUCAGCCAGCAUGUUUCCGAUGCCCAGCAGGAUAUUACUGUCCGGAGAAGACUGACAACUUCACCAACUUCCCCUGUCCCCCUGGGUUCUACUGUCCUGAUGGAACUAAGUAUGCCACCCAGUUUCCUUGUCCUCGUGGAUACUACAACCCAGAGCCUAUGACUCAGAGUCUGGACAGCUGCCUACCUUGUCCACCAGGACACUACUGUGAGAAGGAACGGCUUACCAAAGUGUCUGGAAAAUGCAAGGCUGGUUGGUUCUGUGUGUCAGCAGCAUGGAACUCUCAGCCCUUUGACCUUGAUAAUUACACAAACGCCAACUGUCUGUGCCCAGCUACCUCCACAGGUGGGCGCUGUCAAGAGGGCUUUUAUUGUCCUCUGGGAAGCUCUGAGCCUAUACCUUGUCCAUCGGGAACCUUUUGUAAUAAAUCAGGUUUAGCUUUGCCAGUGGGACCUUGCUCUCCUGGGUAUUAUUGUGUUGGAGGAGCUACUGAGGCCAGACCAACUGAUGGGGUAACAGGCUACAUCUGUCCUCCUGGGACCUACUGUGUGGAGAGUUCAGGAGAGCCAGAGUUGUGUCCACCUGGAAGCUUCUCUCCACUAUCUGGUCUAACUAAUGAGGCUAGCUGUCAGCCGUGUACGGCAGGUUUCUACUGCGAAGAAGCAGGUCUCAGGACUCCUACUGGACCUUGCAGACAAGGAUAUUGGUGUCCUCCUGGUCAAAGUGUGGCAACAGCUCUUUCGUGUCCUACUGGUCACUACUGCUUAGAGGGCAGUUCAGCUCCAGAGCCCUGUCCAUCAGGAACAUACCAAGAUAGGGAAAAACAGGGGUCUUGCAUAAUAUGUGAGGCUGGUUACUACUGUGAUUUGAGAGUGGGUCCUGUAAACACUUCCUUGCCCAGACCCUGUCGUAAAGGACAUUACUGUCCAGAAGGUACAGGCCCAGCCAACAAACACCCCUGCCCUAUUGGCACCUUUAACCCUAGAGAGCAUACAGGCAGCUCAGCAGGGUGCCUCCCAUGUCCCCCUGGACACUACUGUGCUUCUGUUGGACUCUCAGAGCCUACAGGACCAUGCAAUGCUGGAUAUUUUUGCAAACUUGGAUCAUUCUCACCUUCCCCCAAGGAUGACUUCUCAGGCUCUCUGUGCCCUCCUGGUCACUACUGCUCUUCAGGCACUGCAGCCCCCCAAGCCUGCCCUGAGGGAAGUUGGUCAAACAGCUUGGGCUUGCGUAGCCAGGAAGAUUGUAAAGCUUGUUUGGGGGGAUAUUUUUGUGACUCUGCUGGCCUUACUAAACCUAUUGGAUUGUGUAGUGAAGGAUAUUACUGCUUGGGGGGAGCUGUCAUAUCUACCCCCAUUGAUGGAAUUUCAGGAGGACCCUGUCCUGAGGGUCACUACUGCCCUGAGGGAACAGUUAAACCUUUGCCUUGUGAUCCAGGGACUUAUGUGGCUAUAACACAUGCAAGUCAGUGUGAGCUUUGUCUCCCAGGCUGGUUCUGUGUGUCUGGCUCUCUGCACCUCUGUCCGGCAGGAUUUUACUGUCCUGAAGGGACUGGAUUUACCUUAAGAAGUUGUCCAGAAGGAACCUAUGGUCCAGAUCCUGGCUACUGGUCUGUCUCCCAGUGCAGACAAUGCGAUGGAGGCCAUUACUGCUCCUCCAAAAAUGCCACAGCUGUCACUGGACCGUGCCAGGAAGGAUACUACUGUUCACAUGGAAACAUCUCUCCCCAGCCUCUCUCACAGGCUGCAGACGAGCGUCUCUUACCAGGAGGAGGAGGAGGACUUUGUCCAGUUGGGCACUACUGUCCCCAGGCCACCAUUCAUCCUCAGCCCUGUCCUCCAGGAACAUUCUCUAACAUCACCAAUGCUGUGUCCAAGGAGGAUUGUCAGCCAUGUUCCCCGGGUUACUACUGUGACUCAGUGGGGCUCUCAGCACCUUCAGGAAAAUGCUGGAAAGGAUUCUUCUGCGCUGAGGGUGCAGAUCGUCCUGACCCUCCUUUCAAAGACAACCGUGGAGGUCCAUGCCCAAAAGGUUAUUACUGUUCAGGGGGUUCUGCAGCUCCUCAACCCUGCCCCCUGGGAACCAUCAGUACAGAAGAUGGCCAAGCCAGCUGCAGUGUCUGUCCCCAGGGAUUUUAUUGCCCUGGCAACAAUAACAACUCUCUGCUGGAGAGUUUGGAGUGUCCAUUGGGUCAUUACUGCCCGACCGGGACUUGGUCCAAAUUCAAGUUCCCAUGUCCAGCUGGAACUUUCAACCCUCGCACUCAGAUGACAAAACCCCAGGACUGCUUGCCAUGCCCUCCAGGCUCGUUCUGUGCAACUCCUGGCAAAGCUGCUGCAUCAGGCCUCUGUAGUGCAGGGUACUACUGUAUUUCUGGUGCUUGGUCGCCCACACCAGAGGAUGGAGGGGUGACUGGUGGUAGAUGUCCUGAAGGACAUUACUGCACUCAGGGCUCCUCUGCGCCUCUUCCCUGUCCUUCAGGACAUUACAGCAACAAAAGCAGAAACAGUCAUAUCACUGACUGCCUGCCUUGUCCUCCAGGUUUUCUUUGUAUCAGUAGAGGGCUCUCUUUUCCUUCUCAUAUUUGUCCAGCUGGCUUUUACUGUCCAAGCAGUGAAAACAGCAACUGGCAGGACAGUAUCACCUGCUCACCUGGAAGUAAAUGUCCACCUGGAUCUAAUAGGCAGUUGUCCUGCUUGCCUGGGACUUAUCAAAACUUGCCCGGUCAGGCAGACUGUAUUGAAUGUCCAGCUGGAUUUUUUUGUCCUGGUUCGAUCAAUGCAGAUGCUGGCAAUGUGUCAGGAACUCAAACUCCCAUGCCUUGUCCUAAAGGACAUUAUUGCCCACCUGGAACCCAGACUGGUGUAGCAUUCCCAUGCCCAGCUGGCACUUUCAGUAACCAGAUGGGGUUGUCCAAUAAGUCAGACUGUGAGCUCUGCCCACCUGGGAGAUACUGCAGUUCCUCUGGUCUAGCUGCUCCCUCUGGGGUCUGCUCUCCUGGUUUCCUUUGUAUCCAAGGCUCUGUUUCCUCCCAACCAGAGGAGGGUCCAACAGGACGGCCAUGCUCUGCUGGGUUCUACUGUCCACAGGGAACAAACUACAUGGUUCCUUGCCCUGCUGGCACCUUUAGCUCCAUAGCAGGUGCAGUGUCUCAAGAAGUAUGUCAGCCAUGUUUGCCCGGCCACUACUGUGCGAAGCCAGGAGCAUCUUCUCCAUCUGGACUCUGCAACCCUGGUUUCUUCUGUAGAGAGGGAUCAGCAGCUGCCUCACCUUCGGGAAAUACCACUACAGUAGCAUUUUCAACCCAAAUUGGUGAUGAUUCAGCCCAUGGAGACGUCUGUCCUGCAGGUUACUACUGUCCAAAAGGCAGCGCAAAACCACAACCCUGUCCUCCAGGUACUUUCUUGGGUAGGACUGCAGCUCACUCUAAGGAUGAUUGUGAGGCUUGUCAUCAAGGUUGGUAUUGCCCCUUGUGGGCUCAGACGUCCGUGGAACUCCUCUGUCCCUCAGGAUGGUUUUGUCCUAACGGAUCAUCAUCUGGACAUCAGCCAGGAUACCUGUGCCCACCUGGCUAUGCUUGUCCAGAUGGCAGCGCAGAGCCAGUCAUCUGCAGUCAGGGCACUUUUCAGUCUUUAUCUGGACAGUCAGUUUGUGAGAGCUGCCCACCAGGUUUUUAUUGUGUGGAAGGUUCUUCUGUUCCUUCUCCGUGUCCAUUGGGCUAUGUCAGUCCAUUAGCUGACAGGAUGUCCCUGGGUGACUGCUUGCCCUGCCCCUCCGGCUACUUUUGUAACAGCAGUGCUCUGACAGAACCGUCUGGACCCUGCAGCCCAGGGCAUUUUUGUUCCCAGGGCUCUGUAGAGCCUUCACCUCUCUCCCAGCCAUAUGGUGAUAUUUGUCCCAUGGGACACUUCUGUCCUCUGGGAAGUCGGUCCCCUCAACCCUGUCCCGUUGGUAGUUUCCUUCCAGAUGUCGGAGCUUCAUUCGUCUCCCACUGCCGUCCUUGUCCUCCAGGGAAAUACUGCCUAACUCCUGGAGCUUUGAAACCUUCAGGUUUAUGUUCUACAGGGUACUUCUGUUCUGGAGGUGCUGACAGCCCCACACCACGAGCCAAAUCCUCGGAUUUUAAUUGUCUUGGGGAAAUCUUAGACCUUUACUCAACUGAAAUAGAUGUUGCCUUGUGGAUGUACAACUUAUCCUGCUCUAACUUCUAUGCUAAACAUGCUGCAAGGAGAAACACUACCUGGAUCAAAGUAGAUGCUGUGCCACGGGCACAUUUGGAUAACAAUGUGAAUCACUCAGCAGAACAUCUCAAGAGUCCACAUUAUGCAUGUUCCACCUACAAAGGAGAUAUAUGUCCUAAGGGUUUCUAUUGUCCUUCUGGAUCUGCUUACCCUAAGCUGUGUGAUGUUGGCUUUUACUGUAACCAAACUGGUCUAGAUGCACCAACGGGGCCCUGCAUAGCUGGUUAUUACUGUCCUUGGGGCUCCUCUGACCCUUUUGUCAACCCCUGCCCCUUCGGACACUACUGCCCAGUUGGAACACCACUUCCAAUCCCCUGCCCUAUAGGAUCCAUUAAAAAAUCCCUCGGUGGAUCCACAGUGGAGACAUGUCAGCUGUGUCCUCCAGGUCACUACUGCGCUAAGGAAGGGCAGACUGAGCCGAGUGGCCACUGUGCAGAAGGCUACUAUUGUCCUGAAGGACAGAGAUCUCAAAGACCACAACUACAUGUCUGCUCACUGGGACAUUAUUGUGAGAAGGGCAGUGUGAGGCAGACACCUUGCAAUCCUGGCAGUUACCAGCAGAGACAAAGCCAAGGGACCUGUGAAACAUGUCCCCCAAGUUUCUACUGUCAAGAUCAGGGAAUGAGUCAUCCACUUCCCUGUAAAAGGGGAUUUUACUGCCCCCCUGCAUCAGUGAAUCCACGCCCCUGUCCCUCAGGGACCUAUGGAAACGUGUCAGGACUUGCAGAGAAGUUCCAGUGCAUGCCAUGUGACCCUGGCAUGUACUGCAAAGGAACAGGGAGAACUGUUCCCAGCGGGCUUUGUGCUGAGGGCUACAUUUGUAUUGAAGGAGCCUCUGAACAUUCGCCAGCAGACAAUCUGACGGGAUUCCAAUGCCCUUCUGGAUAUUACUGCCCAAUGGGAACUUUAGUACCAAAACCUUGCCCUAAAGGAACAUACAGUAAACUCCGUGGGCUGGCAAACAGUUCUCAGUGUCAAAGCUGCCGUCCUGGAUUUUACUGUUCAGAACCUGGUCUAUCUUCAGUCUCUGGACCCUGCCUCCCAGGUUACUACUGUUUAGAGGGGUCUAGCUCUCCCUCUCCUAGUUCAGGUGAAUCUGGAGAUGUUUGUCCAGAAGGCCAUUGCUGUCCACAAGGCACCAGUGUUCCUUUACCCUGCCCUCCUGGUUUUUACCAGAACAAUCCUGGAAGCAAAAGCAAAGACGACUGUAAACCCUGUCCGCCUGGAUGGUUUCAGGAAUUUUCUGGCCAGAAAAAGUGUAUUCCCUGUCCUGCCGGGUUCCACUGCCAGGCUCUAAAUCCCUCUCCGAAUAGAGGGACUUUUCUUGGAGUCUCCAGUCCUCUUCCCUGCCCAGCUGGACACAUCUGUCCCAGAGAUGGUCUGAACAGUCAGCUUGUCCCAUGCCCUAAUGGAACCUACAGCUCCAACCAGGGUCUUAUCUCUACAGGUCAAUGCUUAAUGUGUCCUGCAGGUCAGUUCUGUGGAUCAGAAGGUUUGACUGAGCCCUCGGGAUCGUGUGCUGAUGGUUUUCUGUGUCUGAUGGGUGCAAAGGUGCCAAAUCCAACUGACAACAGGACUGGAUCUCUCUGUCCUCCUGGAAUAUUCUGCCAAAAAGGGCUUAGAGCAGGUUAUUGCAAGGCUGGGUUUUAUUGUGACUGGGGUUCCAUCAAGGCAGAUCAGGCUGUGUGUCCAGCUGGUUUCUUUUGCCCCAGUGGAACACCAGUCCUCUUAGCUUGUCCUGCGGGAACAUUUAGCUCGGAAUUGGGCAACACUCAUCAAGACAACUGCAGCACCUGUACCCCUGGAUACUACUGUCAAGAUGAAGGUACUGUUCAGCCAGUACGUUGUCCUGUUGGUCAUUACUGUCCUGCAGGGCAGAUUUUAGCUCAAGAAUACCCAUGCCCACCUGGUACAGUACAAAGUCGACUCGGAGCCUCCAGUCCUGAUGCUUGCAGUCCCUGCCCUGCUGGAAUGUUCUGCUUUCAGUUUGGUCUGUCACAGCCCUCAGGUCUGUGUCAAGAAGGAUAUUACUGUCCUGCAGGAUCAACCAGUCCAAAUUCCACAGAUGAGGGUAUAUCAACCAACAGCCGUAUUUGUCCCUCUGGUCAUUACUGCCCAUCUGGCACCGGCCAUCCCCUUCCCUGCCCUAUUGGUUCUCUUGCAAUUUCCAAAGGACUUAAAGCAGUGAAAGAAUGUCCACCCUGCCCUCCUGGAUUGUAUUGUGACAGACCUGCAAUUUCAGAUCUUUCAAUCGUUUUGCCAUGUCACGCUGGUUAUGUGUGUUUGAGAGGAAGCUCCAGUCCCACUCCAUCCGAAGGCUCUCAUGGCUACAUCUGCCCUGCUGGACACAGCUGUCCUGUUGGUGCAGUGAGUGAAAUGCCCUGUGAGGCUGGAACUUACAGUCCCGCCCCCGGUGCUGCUCAAUGCAAGCUCUGCCUGAAAGGAACCAUGUGUCCUUCUUCAGCUACUCAAGAGCCGUCUACCUGUCCAACUGGCCAUUUCUGCCCUGCUGGGACAGGGCUGCCUGAGGCAUGCCCUAGAGGUACUUUCAAUAACCAAACAGGAGCUUAUUCUCUCUCUGCCUGCUUGCCAUGUCCUUCUGGAGAGUACUGUAGCUCAUAUGGAGCCUCUACUCCGCAAGGUCCAUGUUUGCAGGGCUACUUUUGCCAAGGUGGAGCUACAGGGCCAACACCUGACAGCUCUGAAACCUUCCCAAAGAAUGGACCCUGUCCUGUCGGGCACUAUUGCCCAGCAGGGUCCAUAACCCCAGUUCAAUGCCCUGCUGGAAGUGUCCGCAAUUCAACUGGAGGUGUUUCCAUGGAAAGCUGCAUUGCCUGUCCUGCUGGCCACUAUUGCUCUUCUGAGGGCCUGGCUAGUCCUAGUGGCCCAUGCUCUGCUGGUUUUUACUGUCCAUUUGACUUCUCCUCAACCACUCCAUAUGCCUUUCUUUGUCCUAAGGGUCACUUCUGUCCUGAAGGAUCUGCAAUGGCCUUGCCAUGUCCAACCGGAGAAUACCAACCAAACCCGGGCUCAGAGAACUGCAUCCCAUGCCGCCCUGGAUUCUUCUGUGAAGAAGCCAUAGUGGGCGACCCCUGGCCCUGCCCUCCACACUCAUUUUGCCCUGCAGGGACCAUGGUUCCCCACCCCUGCCCUGAUGGGACAUACACCCAUUCAAACCAGAGUGGGUUGCAGGAAGAGAAGGAGUGUUUGCCCUGCCCUCCAGGGAGGUACUGCAGGGCUGGUAAGAUCCAGGGUGAUUGUGCUGCAGGAUAUUUAUGCAUUUCUGGAAGUGUAGAUUUCACCCCUCAGGGAUCAACGUAUAACACGACCCACUGUGAGUGGGGCGUGCAGUGUGCAGGCCUGUGUCCACCAGGCUUUUAUUGUCCUCAAGGUACAGAACAAGCUCAUCCAUGUCCUGCAAACACAGUCAGCAGUUCCUCUGGGGCGAUGAGUCUAAAGGACUGUUCACCCUGCCCACCAGAGUAUUGGUGCAAAGCUGGAGACCCAGUACUUCAUCUGUGUCCAGCUGGUCAUUACUGUGAUGGUCUGCCUGGAAUUGACUUCAGUGGUGGUACUGGACCCCGGCCAUGUCCUAUGUUCACUUUUCGAGCUUCCCCAGGAGCGGGAAGCAAGGGUGAUUGCCGCCCCUGUCCUCAAGGUUCACACUGCAAUAGAACAGGACUCACAGAGUAUACCAGCAGUCCCUGUCCACCUGGCUUCUGGUGCAGUGGGACUGGACCACCCAUCUUCUGCCCAGCAGGGACCAGGAGACUGUUUCCUGGAGCUGCUACACCCAACCAGUGUGAACCCUGUGCAGGGGGAACCUUCUGCCCUGACCCUCACAUUACAGGAAAGCCCAACCUGGAAGGAACCCCCUGCAGGGCCUCAUAUCAGUGCCCCAUCGGAGCGGUUUCAGAGAUGUUAUGCAGAGCUGGCUCGUACUGUGGACCUCAGACUGCUGAGCCUCAGAUAUGUCCAGAAGGUUAUAUUUGCCCUGAGGGAUCAUAUUCAUAUGACAACCCUAAACAAAAAUGCCCAUUUCCCUACUAUUGCCCUGCCAACAGCUCUACAAUGAAAUCCUGUCCUGGAGGAUCCAUGCCUGUCAGUACCAGCGGCCUCAGAGGACCAAACAAUAGCUGUAGCUUGUGUGGAGGUGGAACUUAUCGUCCAUACCUUUCCACAAGUCUGCAGUGCGCUCCAUGUCCACAGGGAUACUACUGCCCCCAAGGCACAGAAAAUUAUAACAGCAAUCCCUGCCCUCGUGGAUAUUUCUGUGGAAAAGGAUACACCCAGCCAAAGCCCUGCCCACCUGGCACUUUUGGUAACCUGACUCAUGCAGAGGACACGGACGACUGUCACCCUUGUCCUGCCAACACCUUCAAUCACCUGCCUGCUCAGAGGGCCUGCUUUCCAUGUGGCAGUUCAUCCACCUCAUUACCUGGGUCUUCCUCAUGUACCUGCACUGGGAAGAAUCGAGCCUUCCAGUAUUCUGAUGGGUCCUGUUUAUGCAGAACUGGUUUUAUCUACUACAAUGAGCUGGACUUUAAAAGUUCUACUUCUGACAGUAAAUUGGACUGCCAGCCUGAGGUGAACAGACGAUGUAGUACAGGAGAAGUACGAUUAGCAGCCUCCAGGGGGUGUGUCUCACCAUCCCUCCACUCCUGUAAUAUAACCUGUGGAUUACAUGGAGGCACUCUGGAUGUAGAGAUGGGCAUUUGUCUGUGUGAGCGAUAUGUGUCUGCAGAGGAGAUUUGCAAUACCUCCUGCCUUUUCAGGCUUCCUCAGCUGUCUGCCAAGCUCAUGCCGGAUGGAGACUUGCAUAUGAGCCUUAGAGAACAAAACAACAGAGUCUGGAAAAUGACAGUGACAAAUGUUUUAGGCCCAGAUAUCCAUGCACAGACAUCUGGAAAAGUACAUUUGAUGCAGUUUACAUCUGAAGGUGUCUUUGGUUGGAUUCCACUUAAUGGAGACAUUGUUAAUCUUUUCCUUUCAGAACCAGAUUCUAUCUUAAAUGCAAGAUCUAGAAAAAGGAGAGACACUGAAGAGGAUUAUGAUGAGAAUAAUGCUGAUGCCCUACCUCGAAUCCAAAAUCCCAUAUCCUGCCUUUCCUCUGGUGACAUGCUAAUUUUUCAUCUAACCAUCAACCAUACUGACCGCCGUCUCAGCCACUUCCCAGUGUACCAUAAGGACCACCUGUUCAACAGUAACCCAAGCUGGGACUUUGGAGCCUUCAGACAUCUGCAGAUCCUGAUGAAGCAAACACAUUUUAACUCCUCAAUGUUUGCCCAUGUUUUUUCAGAAGCGGGAAAGUAUGUGUUUGUGGACAGUGUUGUCCCUCAAUGGAGCAUGGUUGUGGUGGUCAGUGAGGAAGGGACAGAAUGUGACACCAGGGCAGCUACGUUUCAACCUAUGACUCCAGCACACUUGGUCAAAUAUGGGAUUGUAAAACAUCACCAGCUAAACCUUCUGCCUGACUGGGGACUCAUUACUGGGAUCCUGAGCCUUCUGUUGGUCCUAGUUGUAGUCCUGACCACAACCAUGCUGGUUCUACGACCCAGCAACGCAAAGUUCGCCCCCCACUGGAAGAUAAAACCAAAGUGGCGAAGCCUUGGAGAGCCCUUUUGCCCAGCCGAGUGUGUUUGCAGCAGAGAAAGUAUAACAGUCCAGAGUCAAGGUGGCGUUCUUGGUAGCCGUGGUGUAGGUGAGGGAGCAGAAGCCGAGGAGCCUGCAGUAUUGAAGGGAGGAAGCGUGCCAGGCUGCUUUGAUCUGGAGGAGUUCAAUGUGAAGACUCUUUUUGACAAACUAGAAGACCAGAACCUUCACAUCGCCGCCCAGCUGGCCAGACAUCGCAAAGACAUGCAGGAAUUUUAUAGGAGUAUCUGCAAUCAGGCUGAAUCACUGAAGGAUGUCUUUGAAAAUAUGGAUUAUAAAAACCUAAGUGCCCUUAAAGAGAUGCUUGGCCACAAUGCGAUGAACGCCAGACCGUUGCACACUUACAUUGGAGAGAGUGACAAGCAAGUUGAAGCAUAUGUGUCGUUACUGGGAGCUGUUCUUAAAUCAGUUGAUGGUCUCUUAUGCAAGCUGAUGGGAGAAUCUUGGCAACACCAGGAUCUGCAUGGUUUACCAUGUUCUAGAGAUUGUGAGGCUCAGGCUGGAUAUAUGCAUCCUGGAGACACCAAUGUGUGUUUUACACAGUUUUCCUCAGUGUCUAUGAAUAAAAGAGAAUCUCCUUCUCAUGAGACAGACUGUGAACAGACCACAGCUCCUUGUCUCAGUGAUGACGAUCUAUCCAAAUUGGUAACCAUAUCUCCUUUGUUCAAAACUCUGCAAGAUAUUCAGCAGUCCUUACAGCAGCUCACCAAGGAUGAGUCACAUCAGAAUCUCUGCAAUGGCGCAAAAAUGGAGCCUAAUAUCCAAGAGAACCACGAUGGAAAUCUAAUUCCAACUGCCCUGGAUAGCCUGUCUCCACACCACUCAGCUGUUUACAUGUUUGGCUGCCAUGUGAUGCAGUUGCUUGCAGAUUCCGCCAUGUUCCCCUCUGUGCUUCUUUUACUGGCAAAGUCCGUUCCCUUUUGCUCAUCUCACUAUAACGAGAAUCUCUUGGCUCAUUGCACAGGGGACUUCUAUUUUGAUCCAACCAAUCAAAUCCUUUAUCUGUCAGAGUCAAAGCUUCAGCAUGUGGGGCACUUUAUUGCUAUCAUUCUGCAGUCCAUGGCCCACAUAGCAGUAGGAUCCAAACCCCAAAGGUUUCUGCAAGCUCUACAUGAGGCCAUUUCAACUAUAAGCCUUCAGCUUUUCAACCUUUCCUUUAAAUGGAGCUCAGCAGAGCCUAAUUUUGAUGCAUUAGAUGGGCGGCACAGUGCAUUAGUGGAGCAAUUUCUCAAUAUCAGAGUUCCCUCUGAAGCGCGCUUCACUGAGUACCAAUUAGCUAGAAGAUUAGAGAGAUACAAGUAUUUUAAACUGGAGGAUUUUGUCUGCAACCUCAAACAAAGAUCAGAUUUAAAUGCAGGAUUACCACCAAAUGGGACACCACUGCAGAUGUCAUGUGUAGAGGAAGAAAUUGACCGUAUUAGUGAAUCUUUCCUGCAAUUAAGCCUGCAACUGCAGGAGAGAGCUCAAAUAAGCUUGAAACUAAAGGAUACAGAGAGCAGUGCUGGAGAAGAGAUGAGGGAGACAUCAACAAACAUGCCAAGUCUGAGUCGAAAUGGAACGAUCCUGUUGGAGUUGAAGAGGUGUUAUACAUCACAGCGCCUCAAUGAGCUCCAAGCCAGAUUAAGCCAAAUGAGACAGUGCCAGCUGUUUGACAGCAGGCUGAAAGAUGGAAACGAAGGCUGUAAAGAAAGCAAUGAAGGCUCUGAUCAACACAGAGAAAAGGAGCACGAUCCUGCAAGGGAUCCUUGAAGUCCUACCUAUCAACAGCGGUCAUCCAAUAUUUCAGCCCAUCAGAAGCCAAGCCCACACAGGCUAGAGAACACUAAUGUUUUAGAUUAUACAAUAGGGAGUUAUAUUUCUGACCAGCAGCAAAAUGGCUCUGUUCAGUCUAAUAAUCCUGAUACAACAAUGGACCAAACUAUGACUAAGACCAAAGGUCAGUUCUACUAAAAAAUGUCAGAAGGAAUUUAGAGCCUAAUAGUGAGACCAAAUGGGAAAUGGAAAAGGACACAGAACUAUGACAAACAUGUUUUUGAUGUUUUGUUUUGUUAGAUGGCAAUGUUGCACUCCUAUUUCCUGCCCUCUGCAACUUCCCAUCUGUUAUUUUUAACCUAUAAUAGCUUUGAGCUAAUCUUUGUACAAGAUAAUACUCUGUUUUGUUUGCUAAAGCAUGAUCCCAGUAAUCUCAGUCUUAGCAUGCAUCAGCUUUAAAACAUUUCAGCUGUGCUCUGUUAACUCCCAGCGAUAACAGGCUAAACUAUGCCACCGAGUUGCAGUAUAACAGUCUUUAAUCUUUCCAAAUAGGUUCCCUGUCAGGUGUGGAUAAAGAGAGUGGAUUCAGGCCUUUAAUAUACUCUUUGUUAAUUAUUAUAAUCUAAUACUGAUAAUAAACUUAAGCUG